AUGGAUAUUGAGCGAAUAGCCAUUAUUGGCGCUGGCCCCUGUGGCCUUGGUGUUGCAAAGUAUCUUCUGGCGGAAAACAAAUUCAAAACUAUCACUAUCUUUGAACAGCGCGACCAGCCUGGUGGUGUCUGGAAUUACACUGGUGAUGAAGGGACCAGCAAGAAUACCAUUUCAAUUCCUCAUUCCAGUCCCAGCUCAGAGAAUCAGCAGCCAGUGAACGGGAAGUUCAUCUCACCUGUUUAUGAUGCCUUGGAAACAAACAUUCCCCAUUCAAUGAUGCAAUUCUGCGAUUUUCCCUUCCCUGCUGGGACUGCAUUAUUUCCUUUGCACGUGGUGGUGAAGGAGUAUUUGCACAGAUAUGCCGAAAAGCUGCGGGGUAUCAUUAAGCUACGAUCGCUUGUUCUCGAUGUAUCUGUGUCUAUGAAACAUCCUCGCACGAAAUGGACGGUCACAUGGCGGGAUCUUCAACACGAAAAGGUCUUAAAUGCUCGGUUUGAUGCCGUCGUUGUGGCGAAUGGUCAUCAUAAUGACCCUAAAGUCCCUAACAUACCCGGUCUGGCUGAUUGGGAUGAGAAAUUCCCAGGGUCCAUCAUCCAUUCAUCUAUUUAUCGGCGCGCAGAUCCAUUUACUAACAAGAAAGUCAUCGUGGUGGGCCACUCCGCCUCAGGAAUCGACAUUGCGUCGCAAAUCAGCCAGGUAUCGCAACACCCAUUGCUGAUCUCAGAACGAACAGAAACAAUCUUACCACCGAAUAAAGCAGCAGUCACAAAGAGUCUCCCUGAAAUCAGCCUGCUUGAUGCGAAAAAUAGCCGAGUGCUAUUUGCGAACGGCCAUGAAGAGAAGGACGUUGAUAACAUCGUGUUUUGUACCGGAUAUCAUUUUUCUUUGCCAUUUCUAUCAAGUACUCAACCAAGCAUCAUUACCGAUGGUCUGCGACCGCACAAUUUAUACCAGCACGUGUUCUUCACCUCAGAGCCGACACUGGCUCUGAUUGGGUUUCCCCAACGGAUCGUGCCAUUCCCAAUUAGCCAGGCACAAGGGGCGUGGGUUGCGCGGGUCUUUUCUGGGAGGCUGAAGUUGCCUUCGCAAGCAGUGAUGGAGGAGUGGAUUGAGGAGUGGAAGGCUGAGCGCGGUGAUGGGCGCAAUUUCAACGUUCUUGGCUUUCCGCUUGAUGCGGAGUAUAUCAACUCUUUACACAAGAUAAGCUCGGCAGCGAUGCGCCGCGAUGGACUUGAAAACGAUGGAAGGGGAAAAAGGCCACCAUUCUGGGGCGCGAAAGAGAAGUGGACACGCGAGAAGAUCCCAUUGAUCAAAAAGGCGUCGCAGGCACUAGGUAGUCGGCGAAGAGAAAUCAAAAGCCUCGAGGAGCUUGGAUUCAAGUUCGAAGUAAAUGCUGAAGAUGCGGGAUUGAAUAAAGCUCAUUUGUAA